AUAUCCAAAAUAUCCAAAAAAAUCGAAAAAAAUAAAUAAAAUGUUCCUUUUUCGCCCAACUCCCUGUCUAUUAUUCCACACCAUCUCAAAGAACACAAUGAAUAUGGCUUCCAUUAGCUCCGAUCACCAACAACCAUUUCUCUCUUCCUUAGGAAAGGCUUCAGGAGACUUUGAUGUUGAUGAAGAACAGCAACCGCUGUCAAAUGGAGGUCAUCCUACUGAGAAUUUCUCGUUUAUUUCCUGCAUUUUACCAUUUUUAUUCCCAGCUCUGGGGGGACUACUUUUUGGUUAUGAUAUUGGUGCCACAUCCUCAGCCACAAUUUCAAUUCAGUCACCAACUUUAAGUGGAACUUCUUGGUAUGACUUGAAUUCUGUUGAAAUUGGCCUUAUUAGUAGUGGCUCAUUGUAUGGAGCUCUGAUUGGUUCUGUCUUGGCAUUUAAAGUUGGCGAUUUCCUUGGGAGGAGGAAAGAGUUGAUUGCAUCUGCUGUACUCUAUCUUGUUGGGGCUCUAAUUACAGCAGCAGGACCUACCUUCGUGAUCAUGAUGAUAGGACGUGUUGUAUUUGGCAUUGGUAUUGGACUGGCAAUGCAUGCUGCGCCAAUGUACAUUUCCGAGACUGCUCCAUCUAAUUUAAGAGGUCGAGUAAUCUCCCUGAAGGAGUUUUUCAUAAUUAUUGGCAUGGUUAUGGGUUAUGCCAUUGGGAGUCUUAUGGUGGAUGUCACCGCUGGUUGGCGAUAUAUGUAUGGCGUGAGUUCUCCUUUAUCAGUUAUAAUGGCAAUUGGGAUGUGGUGGCUGCCAGAUUCUCCUAGAUGGCUACUUUUGUGUGCUAUACAAGGAAAAGAAAACAGACAUGAUUUAAGGGAGGAUGCCAUUCAUUGCAUGUGCCGUCUUAGAGGGCAACCCGUCAGUGAUACAGCUGCCCAGCAAGUGGAUGAGAUCAUAGCCGAACUUUCUCUUUCGGGUGAACUGAAUAGCAUCUCUACAGUUGAGAUGUUUAGAGGAAAAUAUUUGAAGGCUCUGGUUAUUGGUUGCGGUUUAGUUUUAUUCCAGCAGAUAACAGGUCAACCAAGUGUGCUGUACUAUGCUGGCUCUAUCUUGCAGAGUGCAGGAUUUUCUGCAGCAUCUGAUGCGACAAGAGUCUCAAUUCUUCUUGGCUUGGUUAAGCUGAUUAUGACUGGAGUCGCUGUUUUGUUUGUUGAUAACUUUGGGCGAAGACCUUUACUACUUGGUGGUGCAUCUGGGAUGGUGAUCUCUUUAUUGUUUCUUGGAUCUUAUUACACUUUCCUCGGUGAUGCACCAGCUAUAGCUGUCGUUGGUCUACUCCUUUAUGUUGGCUGUUAUCAGUUAUCAUUUGGUCCAAUUGGCUGGUUAAUGAUGUCGGAAAUUUUCCCCUUGCGCAUGAGAGGAAGAGGAAUGAGUUUAGCUGUGCUCGUGAAUUUUGGGGCAAAUGCUAUUGUUGCCUUUGCAUUUUCUCCUUUGAAGGAUCUAAUUGGAGAUGGAAACUUGUUCUUUAUGUUUGGUGGUGUAGCUCUCUUGUCUCUCGUAUUCAUAUUUUUUAAAAUACCGGAGACCAAGGGGCUGACUCUCGAGGAAAUUGAGGCCAAACUGUUGUAAUUUCUUUCGGCUACAUAGGACUUGCAAAUUGAAGCUCCUGUACAGGCGAAUAUUGAGAAACAAAAGGGUAUAUACUAUACGAAGUAUAUAGAAUGCUCUCUUUAACGGUGCAGUCUGCUUAACUUUGAACUAUACUUGUAACAUAGGAUCAAAUUGGUUGUAUCUUCUUGUACGUUCUGUAAUCCUAUAACAAGGUUUGGUUGUAUAUUUAAUAUGUAACAAAAAUUUACAUAAAAAUGUCAUUUAGGCUCUGUUUGGCACGCCAUUUCAGGUGUCUUAAAUGAUAAGGUGCUAAUAGAGCGGUUUGUCAAGCACCUUAAAUAGAAUAGUCUUAAAAGUGACUUAAAUUGAAACGUUACUUUGAGUACCCGUUUCAAUUUAAAGUCCUUAAAUUUUCAUGUAUUUACCAUUAAUAUUUUUGUGUAAAACAAUUAUUUUAUAAA